AUGGUACUCCGAGUUGUUGGAGAUGACUUUCUUAGUCGCUGGGCUCUGACCUUGAAGGAAGACACCUCAUUCAACGAUUUUGUCAGAUACAUCUAUCCUAAGCAUGUCAUACUCACCACUGACAUGAAAGAUUACCUUAUGAGCGCUAUCUUCCUUAACUGGACCUCAAGUAGUAAGGGCAUCAUUAUCUCUGCCACAAAGUUAGCCGCCCAAAGAUCCAAGUGGUUGGGUGUUCAGCUAGAGUCUGGACUGAUCACCCAGACUCACCAUCGCUGCCACCUUCUCCCCGGUCCUCGUCAAGAUUCUUCAGCAGAGGAAGUGGAGGGAGGCUAG